AUGGGUUUUCCCGCGCGUGGCGAUCUUUGGUCGGAGCUGGUGCCCGAGGGGCUGCUGAGUCUGCAGCCCCAGCUGGAGGCAGACGUGCUGGGAGGAAGUGGAGAUGGCUCCGCCGGCCUGGAGGCGAUCCGGGGGCUUCUGUCUGAGUUCUAUCCCUUCAAGAAGGAUGAGGAGUUCGACCUCGCCGGGCAGCUCGCCGAUGAGCAGCUUUCAAUCGCUCACGGCUGCAGCUGA